CUGUAUCUAAUGUCCAAAUGACGUCACUGACUACUUAUACCAUGGCGAGCGAGGUAUAUAUGUGGCAUACAGUUCAUAUAUAUGGAAUACAUAAUCAAAUAAUGUAGAGCUAGACGCGAUUCUUCGCAUCGACCGAUUCUACUUCGCUUGGGAAAAGCGGGAAUAUGAGAUACGAGAUUCCGAUUGCACUAUGUUGAUCGUAUUGAACCACGUAGGACGGACUCUUCCAGCUCGCGCUCCUGCUGUCAUCAACCCGAGUCAAGUCCACGUAAACAUCGCGCCCGCUUGACGCCUCAAAAAGCUCUGAUUUCAGACGUUAUCGCGCUUAUCAAGCUUAACCGCAAUUUCCGAUAAACACCAGGAUGUUCAAGAAAUUCAAAGAUAAAUUAGCGGAGGAAAUGAAGCAAUCGCCCGCCAGGUUACAGGCGAGCGUUCAACAACUGGCGCAGGCUGUGGUAUCACCAGCAUUAUCUAACAGCUCGAUUCAGGAAGUGUCAGCGUCAAGUGACAAUUUCAGCUUGACAGAAGAUGGAGAUGAAACACCAAAGAAUACUCCAGCAAAACAUAGUUUCCAAAAUGUUGACCUAAUGUCACCAUCCCCAAAUCGUGUGGAGAUCUCGAGAAGAUCUUCGGUGAGCAGUGUCACUAGUGAUGCAUCUUCGUUGUUUCCAAUGUACGAGAGUCCUCCAAAUCUAUAUCACUUACAGUCAGAUAUGGAUCAAUCGGCCAGCGAAGUAGAUGAUAAUAUUAGUCCUCAUCUUGAUAGAGUUACAAAGGAUCAGUUAUAUUCCGCUUAUCGAAAGGUACAAACAAAGUAUCAUAAAUAUCGUGGUAGAUAUACUGAUCUAGCUACUCAUUAUCGUGAAUUGGACAGAGUAAAAAGCAAGCUGGAAUCUGUAUUAGUUGAAACACAGGAUAAAGUUCUAAGGAGAAUAACCGACCUGAAAGAACAAUGUCAAUUAGAACAACAAGCAAAAGCUCAUUUGGAAGAGGCAUUGAGAAAUGAUAUAGAAGAGAAGGAUCACAUUAUAAAUACAUUAAAUACAAAAAUAAAAUUAUUACAAGCAAGCGGACCAAUUUUAGACAAUUCAGUAUCAGAAGAAGGAAAGGAAAAUUCUAAAGACAAUCUAAUUGAUCUGAUCAAUGAGCCGUCUAAUGGGGAUGAGAAUAACGCUCUGUCAGCAGAAAAUGCUCAGUUAAAGGAUAAGUUAAAAAAAUUGGAAAAUCUUGUUUUAAAAUAUAAGGAUUCCUUGAAGCGUAAUAAGGAGAAAUUUACUGAAGUGAUGAAGGAGAAGAGUACUUUGGAGAACGAUUAUACGGCACUAACAAAUUCCACUGCCGAAAAAAUAAAUGCGAUGGAAGUUGAAUUGAGUACAGCACAUACUAAGAUUGAGAAACUAACGGAUCAAGUGAAUAUUCUGCACAAACGCGAGGAGGAAUCGGCAAUUUCGUUAGCCGAGAAUAAACUUUCGGUUCACAGGGAACUUGAAGAGAAGGAAGAACACAUCAAACAAUUACAAUUCGACCUGAAACACACGAUUGAAGAUAGAGAGAAUUUAAACGAAAUUAUAGUGAAAUAUAAAACUGAAUUAGGUAAAUUGAAAUCUUCGCAUACUACAACAGAUAAGGACACAACGACGCAUGAGACUAAGGAAAAGGCUAUAAGACAUCGCGACGAAAUCGAUCAUAGCGAAGAAACGAGAUCAGGAAAAGAUGAGAAUAUGUUGGAGGAAUUAACGCUUCGUUUGAAGGACAAGGAAAUGGAAUUCCAAGAAUUGCAAUGUAAAUUAGAGGAACUGGAGAAACAAAUUGUCGAGUAUAGACAUGACAAAGAAGCGUUACACGCCCAACUGACAACUUAUAAAGAAACAUACUCGGAAUUAAAGGAUGAAUACAAUGCGCAAAAAAUUAUCAUGGAAGAGAAACAGAAAGAUGCUGAUGCGACAAUCGAGAAACUUCAGGCUACGGUACAAAGCGUCGACAAGGAAUUGGAGAACAUGAGGAAUGCAUUAAUCGACAGGGAUCUGGUGUGCGAGAAUUAUAAUAAAAAGAUACAGCAGUACACAGCUAUGCUCGAAAAGACUAAACAUAAACUGACGGAACAAGAGGCACAGAUAAAGUCUCUUAAAGUCAAAUUGGAAGACAAGACGGAACUCUCGGAGACGCAGAAGGAGUUGGACAAUAAAAAGUCAGAAUUGAGUGCGGUACAAAAUGAGCUCGAAUCUUGCAAAUCCACGAUCGACGAUCUUAAAAAUAAAGUCCAAGCGGAUAAUUCGGCUUUAAGUUUACUGAAAAAAGAAAGGAGCGAUUUGAUAAAUCGUCUUGUUUAUUACAACGAUUGUAUGCAGCGUUUAAAGCAAGAUUGCGUAAAUGUGAAAAGUGUUGUUAAAGAAGAAUUCUUAAAUCAAAAAGCCGAAAUAUCGAAUCUGAACGUGAUUCUUGCUAUGUCUUUCGUAAAACUUGAAGAAGAAAACGUGACACUCAAAUCCGAAGUGGAUAAUUUGCACUCGAAAAUCAAGAAUAUGGAACAAUUCACAUCUAAAGCAGUAGAACUGCAAUCGGAAUUGGCACAAGUUGUAAAUCUCAAAUCCAUUUUGGAAGCGGAACUGAAACAAACUAAUGAACAAUUGCAAGAAAUGACUUUGAAAAGUGAUCAGUAUGACGAGCUGAAAGUAAUGAAUAGUAAAUUAACAGCCGAAAUUGAUAAUCUUACUUUUAAAGUACAUGAUUUGAAAGAGGCCUCGCAUCAUUUGACGGAAUCGCAACAAGAAGUCAAGGUUUUGCAGGAACGAUUAAGAGUGUUAGAAAAUCUUGAGUCUGUAAAUCACGCAUUAUCGAUAGAAAUUGAUGAUUUAAGAAAGAAGCACACCCAAGCCAGUCAUAUCUUUGAAGAAGUGGAUGAAUUAAAUGUCAAGUUACGCGAAGCGACCGAUAUUAUUAAUUCAUUGAAGUCGGAAAACAGCGAUAAGGAUGCGCUUCGAGAGGAAUUGCACGCUUCAAAAUUGGAAAUUGCUCGUUUAAAGGAGGACCUGGUCGAGAAGGAAGGUGAAAUAAAGGAACGCGAUGCUCAGGCACAGAAAAUCGAAGAAUCUCUCAGGGAUUAUCAAAGUUUGAAGGCGGAAUAUCAAGCAGCGAGUGAAAGUCACGUAAAAGAAACUGCCGAAUUAAUGAAAAAUAAUAAAGAAUUGCAAGAAACGAUAAAUGUUAAGCUUGUACAAUUAAAAAAGAUGAAAAUGAUCAAAGAACGACAGAAUAAAACGACCGAAGAGAUGAACGCUGUACUUGACGAUCUGAAGAGUAAACACGCCGAAUUAUCCAAUAUGCUUGAAGCUUCUGAAAAACAAAUAGAAUCGCUGAAAUUGGAAAAUGCCCAGCUCGCGGAGAUUACUUUGGAGAAUAAGGAUUUGAAGGAUAAAUAUAACGAUCUUUUGAAUCGCAAUCGAAAGCUAUGCGAAAAUGAAGAGGAUCUGAAGCAAAAAAUCGGAGAUUACGAGAGGGAUAUUGAAGAAUUACGGAGAACAACGCAAAAUUGUGUGGAAUCGUAUAAAUCUCAAUUAAAUGAUCAUGACAAGGAAGUGGAACGUCUGAAUGUUGAAUUAACAGCCGUUAAUACGCAUCUUGAAUAUAAAAAGACAGAAUUAAAUUCAUUAAGUGAAAUAUUGACGAUCACUCAGAGACAAUUGCAAGAGGUUCAAGAAAAACUUGACGAACGAAACAACGAAUUGCAUGAUAAAGUUUCCAAAUUGGAUGCAGCUGCAACAAGUGGUAAUAUUUUGAAAGAGAAGAACGAACAGCUUCUCGUGGAAUUAAAAUCAUUGAGAGAUAAAGUUGCAAGAAUGAAAGACAUAGAAGAUAAAAACGUAGAGCUCAAAUCGGAACUCAACGAUUUCAUCCAAAGGAAUUCGGACACAGAGGCGAUACGUUUGGAAUAUGAUAAAUUGAUCGCCGAGCAGGCGGCCUUAAAAGAUAAAAUGAUCGAAUUAGAGGAUCUAAAGUCUUGUAACAUAGAGUUGAAAAGCAAUGUAAAUAAUUUACAAUCGAAAAUAUCUAGUUUGAACGACCUACGCACAGAAAAUAGCAGAUUGCAGUCAGAAUUGGAUGCCUUGCAAUCCGAAAGGAAUUCGUCGACGGAAUUGGACGUCUUGAGAAACCUAUUGACCGAGAAGGAUGCGGAGAUAAGAUUAUUAGAGGACAAAAAUUCCAAUAUGUUGCAAGAGAUUGGAAACUUAAGACAGUUUUCGCUGGAAAUCGACGAAAAAAAAAAGGAAGUCGAUUCGCUGAAAAAUUUCAUCGCACCGUUGGAAGGGAAGAUCGUUAGCCUACAGUCGGAAAUUAAUUCUCUCGCGCGAAUGAACGAUACAUUGCGAGAAGAAUUAGAAAUCGCUCGUAACGAUACAAAGUGCCAGCUCGAUAAUGACAAAUUGCGAGAGGAGAAUAAGAGAUUGGAGGCGCAGCUCGACGAAGCGCUGAUAACAUUCCAAGCGAAAGAGACGCAGAUGACAUUGAUGAAUAGUGAAUUGAAAGCUCAAACCAAUCAAUUAAAAGGAGAUUUAAAAACUAACGAAGAAGAACAAGGAAUGAGGCUGAAGCAAUUGGUGAAAGAGUUCCAAGCUCAGUUACACGAUAAAGAAGAGGAGCUCCAAGCCGCGUUGGAGAAACGUUUUGAUCGCCAACAGAAUUACGAGUCGAAUCUUGUGCAACAGUAUAAAGAACAACUAAAAGAUUGUCAAAUAGAAUUGACAGAGAAGUCCGAGCAACUUGAGAGCCUUGUUCUAGAGAAGAAAGAUGCGGAGACGGAAAAGGGGAAGGAUAUCGAUCGCUUGGUGGAAAUGAUCGCACAGAUUAAGAAGGAGCAUAGCAACGAAAUAAAAGAAAUAGAAAAAAAAUGGAAAGCCAUAGUGCAACAGAAGAUAGAUAAUCUGCAAGGUAAACACGACGAGGAGUUAAACGAACUUACGAAGGAAUGGCAGAAUGAGAGAAAGCUUGAUGUACAAACCGAAGCAGCUUCCGAGGAAUUAGAGAGCACAUCGCGCGUGGCGAUGGCCGCGAUACAAACGAGCACCGGUUCAAUUCACACACUGCAACAGACUUUGACAUCUCAAAGACGAGAGAUUGCAGAGCUCAGAAAGCUAGUAAAACUCCGGCACGAUACGUUGGAGGAUUCGACAGAAAUUGAGUAUCUUAGAAAUAUUCUAUUCGAAUAUAUGAUGGGAAGGGAGACCAUGGUACUUGCCAGAGUGAUUGCCGCUGUUGUUAAGUUCGACCAAGAACAAACCACAAAAAUACUUAAAAAAGAAGAGGACAAACUGACUCUGUUUGGGUCGCUUGGUCUUUCAUAGUCCGAAAUGUACUUUUCUAUAUAGAGAUGCACAAUGUUCCAUAAUUGAUGCGAUUUCUAUAUUUCUAUAGGCCAUUAAUAAUAACGUGAACAGCUUUAGUCUGAUAUAUAAAGAGGAAAGCAAGAGAAUUGUACAAAAUAGUAAAAAUAUCUACUCUUAUAAUUUUUUAUAAAUAUUAAUUUAACAGAAUGUUAUAUAAUACAUACGCGAGCGAGAUAAGGCUUAUACGAUAUUAUGCAAAUAUAGAUGAUUUAUAAAAUGUGUCCUUACUUUUCUGGUCUUUAUUGCAUAAAGUAUAUCAUA